CCUAAUACACCGCCAUUUUGACUUUUCUGUUGGUACUGGAAGGAAGUGGUGGAAUGUAAUUGGUAAUAGACUAGAAUUUAACCGGUAGAAAAGCUAGGUGAAAGGUAUGUCUGCCGAUUACCUGACAAUAGCUCCUACUGAGGAGGGUCAGAAUCAGGCAAUAGCAGCUGCCAGUGUACAUCAAUCAGAUGUACCCCAGGGAAGUCAGGAGAUCGUCAUUGACGGCACGCCCCUCCAGAUCCCCGCAGGGAAUUACAGAACCGAGGUCUUGGAGGAUGGGACUGUGCAAGUCAUUGUAUACCAGGAACCGGGGAAUCAGACACUUAAUAAUACUGUAACUCAGCCAGCAGCACAACCAAAUCCGGUUAUCCUUCCAAUGGAAUCAGAGUUCAAGGGUCGUCGUAGUCAUGACAUUGGCAUACAGAACACAACAGUGCCUCACUUUAAUACAUACAGCUUCACAGAGCAGGGUACCCAGACAAUUCCUACACCAGAUAUAGACCUAGAGCAGGAAUUGAUUCAGCCAGAGUUAGAGGAUGAAGAUGUGGAAGAAGAAAUACUUACUCCUCUCCCUGGCAAAAGGAAGAGGGGCAGGCCUCCAAAAGCUCAAGUCAUCCAUAACCUCACCGUGCCCAAUGAAAGCAAUAAGUUUAACAAAGGCACCAAGGUUAUGUCCUAUCAUAAGUGCACCAUCUGUGGGAAAUGCUACAAAAACAAAGCCAACUGGACAGCUCAUCUGAAGUUGCAUGACAAAGAAGAGGUGUUUAUGUGUGGAUUUUGUGGACAGAUAUUUCAGAAAACUGCAUUUCCUCAACAUUUGAAAACUCAUAAGAAAGAGAAAGAAAGUUCAAACAACGAAAAUACUGCACAAUCCAGUGUGGAGGCUAACACUGCCAGUUCAUCAAGGAAUCUGACAAACACUCCCCUUUAUCAUGAGCCCAAACAAGCAAGUCCCAGCAAGCAGACAGGAGUGAUGAAACCUGCUCCAAACAUUCCUGCCAAGCUGGACAUUAAAACUGGAAAUCUUGACCGACAGAAGGAUGUGAUUCUUCAAAGCCAUCAGGUGACCCUUCCCAAUCAGCAGGUUGCUACGGUGAUAGACCUGGGGAGCCUUGGAAACCUGUUGACAUCUGGCAACAAUCAGAACCAGCUGGAUUUGAUGAACAGAGAUGGGGAUCCUGAGAACUCCUUGGAAGGCAUGGAGGGAGAGAACGACGAUACUAAGACCAAGUACAUCUAUAAAUGUAAUGUCUGUGGCAAGGAGUACAACAACAAGAGUAACUGUCACCGCCAUCUCAAAACCCACACCCAUGAGAAAACUUACAAAUGCCCUGCUGAUGGAUGCGACAAGAUUUACAUGCACAGGUAUGAGCUCCGCAUGCACAUGAGAAUCCAUACUGGGGAAAAGCCAUUUAAGUGUGCUGUCUGCAAGAGAGGCUUUAAUGAGGGAGGAAAUCUUAGACGUCACAUGAAAAUCCAUGCAGGGGAUGACACUCCUUUUAAAUGUGGGGUCUGUUUCAAAGGUUUCAGUGAGAUGUUCCGCCUUCAAGUUCAUCUAAAGGUACACAGUGGUAACAUUGUGUGUGAUACUUGUGGCAAGAAGUUUGGAAAGAUCUCCGAUUUGUACAGACAUAUUCGCAUCCACACAGGGGAUAAGCCCUACAAAUGUGAUAUUUGUGGGAAAGCCUUCUGUCAGAAAGUCAAUCUCCAGACCCACUACAGAACUCACUCAGGAAAAACACCCUUCAGGUGCACCCUCUGUAACUUCGGCUUCAGCAAGAAAGCCAUCCUGGAUAAUCACAUGAGCGGCCAUGAACCAGAGGAGAUCGAAGAGCAUGAGAUGAACCUAAGGAUGAUGGGAGUGACGGAAGCUGUCACCAUCAAACAAGAACCCCGUACCCCGGCUCCCCCUCCGGUGGAGGACUCAGAGGAGGAACCCCAGCAGAUGGAGGUCGUGACCUUGGAUGCCAAAACUGGCUUGGUGGAGGUCACCCUGGAGAAUCAGGAAUCGGAGACUGGACUCAGUCAGGAGGAGCUGGCUCAGCUGGUGGCUGCCACUGUAGAGGAGACCGAGGAGACAUGACAACAGGUCACAUAGAUAGAACUGUGUAAUGGGGUAUUUAUUUCUGUAAAUAUGGGAAUUGUAUUGAGAUUUAUGUGUGAGUUGAAGUAAAUAGAACCACUUCUUAUGGGAUUCUGGUAACAAGACUUCUCUAAGAGUUUACAUUCAUUUUUAAACUUGUAGAUUGUUAAAAUGCAUGAUAUAAAUUACUAUAUUUUAUGAGCAUUAAUAAAACAUGAAUGUUAUUUUCAA